AUGGAAAUUACUGGUAAUCCAAGUUCAGAACAGGAAUGGAAAAUCAAAGGGGAAGUGCUACAAGUUAACAAAACAAGGAAGGCAUCGUUCCAAAAUACUAUGGGGUUGGAAAAGAAAAAUGAUCCACCAAUGUUGCUGGUAAAUAAUGACACAGAUGAUCCAAAGAAAAAAAAUAGGGAGGCAGUUCAGAAAAUGCAGAAGAUUGGGGAUUUUAAGAAGAAGAGAUUUAAGUUCUGGUGUGAGAUGUGCCAGAUAGGGGCCUACUCUAUGAAAGUAAUGGAGGCUCAUAGAAAGGGAAAGAAGCAUGUGACCCAGCUUCUGGAAGCUAAAAAAAAUGAUGGAGCCGAUUCAACCACUCAAAUAGGGGCACCUACUCAGAAAGGGAAUGAGGCAGAGGCUGCUAAUGAUGGAGAAGAGGAAGUAUUGGAAACUGUUGAUGUAGCUGUAGGAGUCAAAGGGGAAGAUCACCGGGCAGAAGCAGAAGUUUAUGGUAAUCAAAUCGAAAGGACUGAUUAA